AUGAGGUAUUUAGAAAAAGAUGAGCCUGGUAGCAGAAGAGCGGAUUUCAUGUUUCGAGAUCAUUCAAUUAUGAAAAGAGAAUAUAAGACUAAUUAUAAAAAAGUAAUAUGGCCUAUUAAUGUUGAAAUUUAUGAUGUUGAUGAUAAAAAUUUAAAAAAAGAAUUAUGCUUAAUUGUAACAAAUUUACCAGUUGACUGGAAAAAAUGCGAUAUCAUUUGGUUUUUUAGAGAAUAUUUUUACAAACUAGCUAUUAAUGAAAAUGUUUUUUUUCCCUUAAUUGAGCAAGUUUAUUUAAUUAAAAAUGAAUCUUCAGCAAUUUUGGCUUGCCAUGAUGGAAUAUCGAAAGAAGUAAUUCAGAGUUUGUCAAAUUGUAUCAUAAAAAAUGUCAAGGAUAAAAAAAAAAUUGUUUUCACUAUUUAUCCUUAUUACAAAAGGUAUGAAAUAGAAGAAAAGGAAAAGGAAAGAGAGAAUGAAAAAGAAGAGAAAGAAAAGAAAGAAAAGGAAAAUUAUUGUGAAGAUGAAACAAAUAUUAUAAAGAAGCUAAGAAAGCGUUCUUUAACAUCCCCUAGAAAAAAUGGGGUGGAAUGGCCAAAUAAUACUGAUUUAAGAAACUGUAACAAUCUAGAAUUAAGGAGAAAACUAUGCGUUUUUGGUAGGUAUAAACCGUUACAUUGGGGAGUAAAAGAGUUAUCCGAGUUUCUGAAAUAUUAUUUUGAGUCAUUAAAAAAAGACAAUGAUAAUUUUGAAAUCCCAGAAAUAUGUGAUAUGUGGGCUGAUAAAGGAACACAUUUAAUAACAUUUGCUUGUAAAAAUGAAAAAUCUAGAUAUAAUAUGUUGCUAAUAAGAGCAUGUUACCUAAAUGAGGACGAUGCAAAAAAUAAUUUAAAAAAUUCAUUAAGAGGAUGGUUAGAAUUUGAAAAGUGGACUCCUUUUAAAAAUACAAAUUCAAAGUAUAAAAGUCAUAAAAUUGGAAGAAAUGAGUAUAAUAAAUAUUCAUCUAUUCAUGAUCACACAAUUGAUAAAAACUAUAAAAGAAAUUAUAGAAAACCAUUAUAUGACGAAUUAUCAAGAAAUAAAACUAGUUCUUUUAGAACAAAUAUGAAUUUAUCUAAAUUAAGUAAUGGAUUGAAUUAUUAUUUUUAUAAAGAAGAUAGAAAUAAAAAUAAUUACAAUAAUUUAAGAAACUCUUAUAAGAGAAAAUCACCUACAUUUUAUAAAAAGUAUAAAAAAAGAUAUUCUCGUUCUUCAUCUAUAAAUUAUUAUAAAAAGAGAUAUAAAAAAUCAAAAUCUUAUGAUUCAUAUAAGAAUAAUGAUUAUUCUUGGAGUAAAAAUAAAUCAUACAAUAAGAAUUUUUCAGAUUCUUUUUCGAGAAAAUCAUACAGAAAAUAA